AUGCCCAAGUCUACUCUUCCUGUCUCUCUCGCCACUGGCAAGCCAACAGUGUGCAGCGUCAUCGGUGGUGGGUCCGAUUUGCAGCUGGCUGCCUCUGAGGCUAGUGAGAUUGCAGCAUCACCAACGACGCCACCUCACCUCCUUGCAUCACCUCCUACCGCCACCACCACUCCCGCAGACCUCACUGAUCUGUUGGAACGAGCGCUGGGCUCAUCGGUGCCUCUGCUCAAGGAAAUCUUCUUCGAUUUUGAAACUUUCCUAGCCAAAACUCUUGUUGGUUCUCAUGGCCAAGACCUCCUCUUAACUGGUGGUCUGUCUGCUCUUCGAAACUCUUCGUUGGCGGUGGAAAUCGUCAUGCUUCUGUGUUCCCAGGAAUGGCAGAACUCUCUGCAGAAACACGCCGGCCUAGCCUUCAUCGAGCUGGUCAACGAGUGUCGCCUGUUGGCAAAGGCCUCCCGCGAGCACUUCAUUAGCGUGGCUCAUGAGGCCGAUUUCAUUUUGGCACGUCUACGUAGCCUUGAGUUGCGUCGCCAGACGGCAUUUCGGGCGAUGGCGCUGCGACGCCAGCAAAGCCGUGUAACCGAGUUAGACAUACAUCAAACACGGCGGUUGGAGGCGGGAGUGGUGCGUGACGGUCUGGUGGCUGCGCACUGCCUUGCACUCACCCAGCAUCUCCUACAGUGUCUCCAACAAGCUCCUCUCCCACCCCCUUGGCUGCCAUCAGCAAAUCGAAGUGAUAUCACCGCUGCAUCCUCGGUUAUUCUCCGACAAAUCCGGCUAUUUCUUGAGCGGACAAAGCGCUCACCGAUACGUAUCUUCUACCGCUUGGACACCUGGGAAGAUGACAGUCGACGUCGUCGUCGUCUAGUCAUCAAUCCCUUCGGUUCAAACCACUCUGAGGCGGCUCUGCACUCCUCACCAGCUCCCGCGCCAGCGCCACCACCAACUCUUGCUAUAGAUUCUACUGCGUUGAACCUCCUUCCCCAAUCAAAGCAGCAACAAGAAGAAACGUCAUUGGGAGAGGGGUACACAAAGAGAGGUAGUGUGGACUCUCUGCAGCUACCUCCCACUCCUUCCACAGCCUACUCACCAUUUACGCUGACCGAACCCGGUUUGGCACCCGGUCUCGUGUCCACGCAUCAAGACACAUUUACUUUCGGUCAGUUGGAACCGUCUGCUAGUGAUCCUGCAGUCGUCUCUACGCCAUGCCAACUUAUUGCCGCGGGAGUAGCAGUGUACGGUAUCCUCUCCAUUACCAGUACCUACUUUGCCUUUGAGACCGAUCCUGGUCAUGAGAUGAACCAAAAGAUCGACCCCCAGGUUCUCGCCUAUACUAAAAACCUCUACUCGAAGUGGAUGUUCAAUGAAAUUCGUGCUGUCUUCACCCGAAGGCAUCUGUUACGCCAUGUUGCAUUGGAAGUAUUCUUGACCACUCGCUCAUCAGUAAUGUUUGCGUUGCCGGACGAGUCAAUAGUACGUCGUGUGGUCUACGCUCUCCCGCCAGUGGGAAUUGGGGUGCGAUACGGGGUGACACAGUCUCACCGAACAAGUCUGGCUUCAGGACGGCAGCAUCUCUCCCUCUCGCAAGCCACGCAGCGAUGGCAACGUCGUGAGAUGUCUAACUUCGACUACCUCAUGUGUUUAAACACGUUAGCAGGACGCAGCUUCAACGAUCUAAACCAGUAUCCCAUCUUCCCCUGGGUUCUCGCUAACUACACUGACUCCCACCUUGAUCUGAACGAGCCUGCAAAUUAUCGUGACCUAUCGAAACCUGUGGGAGCGCUCGACCCCGCCCGGAAGGCCUUCUUCGAUGAACGCUAUGCUGACUGGGAUGACCCCACUCAGCCUGCUUUCCACUAUGGCACGCACUACUCCACUGCUGCAUUCGUACUUAAUUAUCUCAUUCGGUUGGAACCAUUCACCACUCUAUUUCUCAAUAUGCAGCAGGGUGGAAAGUUCGAUCACCCCAAUCGGAUGUUCUACUCGGUGAAGGCGACGUGGGCGGGAUGUCUGCAGAGCAGUACCAAUGUUAAGGAGCUCAUCCCUGAGUUCUUCUACUUGCCUGAGAUGUUCGAAAACACCAAUGACUACGACUUCGGGGCCCUUGAGGAUGGUACCAAACUCGGUGACGUCAUUCUACCCCCUUGGGCCGCCAGCCCCGAGGAGUUCGUGCGCAUCCACCGACAGGUUCCCCUAUUUCUUAGUCACCAAAGA